AUGACUCUACAACAGGUGCCUACGUUGCACCCAACGGAGGAGCAGUUCGAUAACCCUAUUGGGUAUCUUGCAUCUCCAGAAAUACGUAAACUGGGUGAUCGCUAUGGGUUCGUGAAAGUUGUCCCGCCGGAAGGGUUUAAACCUCCGUUAAGCAUCAACGAACACAGGUUCAGAUUUGUGCCUAGGUUGCAAAACCUCAAAGAGUUGAACUUGAUCAACAGAUGCAGGAUGUUCUUCCACAAGCAGCUUGCUAACUUCAGCAAGACGCAUGGGCUCGGUGUUCCUGCGAGUGAUCACGCUAGCAUUUGCGGCAAGAAGGUUCAUUUCUAUGACUUCUUUAUCGAAUGCGUCAAGUUUUACCAGCCCCAGGGUGAAGGCAGGAAGCUCCCUGAUAUUUCAUCAUCGAGACUCCUUCACGACGAAAAGGUCUGGUUGUGCCUUACUGCAAAGUUCAAAUUGCAAAGAUCUCUGUUGAUGGACUUUUACGAAGAGAAUUUGCUUCAAUAUUUCAAUUUUUUGGCCAAUAAGCCAGAAUUCAGUGCAACUCUGAUCGAGGAGCAAUACCCUACUUCCCUCUUACAGGAUACCAACGGUGCAGUUUCCGAGGAUGAAGAAGGGGAAGAUGAAGGCGAUGAGAAUUGCCUCGUCUGUGGUAAAUCAUCUGACCCGGAAAACACUUUACUGUGCGACUCGUGUAACAAACCAUUCCACAGGUACUGUCUUUCGCCUCCUUUAUCAAAGAUUCCUAAGAAUUCAUGGUGCUGUGAUAACUGUAUCAUAGGUAAUGGCUAUUAUGGGUUCAAAGAUUCCACUGUGGAGUACUCUUUGGAAGAUUUCAAGGAUCUUUCAGAUGAUUUUGAUAAACACCAUUUCCCAUCUGGAAAACCUCAGGAUAUUGAUCAAUUGGAGAGGGAAUUCUGGGAACUCGUCAAUAACACUGAUAACAACGUGAAGACUAAUUACGGUGCAGAUAUUCAUAAGUUGCUACAAGGUCAAGUCUCCGGGUUCCCUACUAAGGAUUACAUUCCAUCCCGUUACCGGUCUGGAGAACUAAGAAAGAAGUACAAUGAGUAUGUUGAGCGUCCAAUGAAUUUGAAUAACUUACCCUUCAACAAAGAGUCGCUCUUGAGUUAUUUGGAUAUUGACAUCUCGGGGAUGACAAUCCCAUGGAUCUAUGUUGGUAGCACUUUUUCUACGUUUUGCUGGCACGUUGAAGAUCAGUACACACUAAGUGCAAAUUAUCAACAUUUUGGAGCUACGAAGAAAUGGUAUGGUAUCCCAUCUCACCAUGCUGAAAAGUUUGAAAGUUAUGUCAAAUCGUUGGCUCCUGAUUUGUUUGCCAAACAGCCAGAUAUCUUACACCAGUUGAUUACAUUGGUCUCACCUUUCACUUUGGAUCAAGCUGGUAUUGAUUGCUAUACUGCAAAUCAACAACCUGGUGAAUAUAUCAUAACAUAUCCAAGGGUAUACCACGCUGGAUUCAAUGCUGGAUAUAACUUCAAUGAGGCUGUAAAUUUCACCAUGACCAGCUGGUUGGACUAUGGUGUAAUGGCUUCAAAGAACUAUCGCUCUAGUGGUAUGAAGGGAUCUGUGUUUGACCUCUGGGAGUUGAUGAUGACUGUGUUAGAGAAAUUUAAAGACUCUGAUGAUGAUGAAGAUGACGAUGAUUUUGAUCUUGAAUUGGUUCAGAAGUGCCUCGACUCCAUGAAGGUCAAGCUAGAGGAUGAAUAUGCCAUACAAGCUACAAUUCUGGAUUCUCUGGAUAUUAAACCUCAGAGGUAUAACGCCCUCGCUGCAAAGCAUUCCUACGAAUUGACUGAACAGGAGAAGAAAGAACGUGAAGAUGGUAUAUCAUGCAUAAAGUGCAAAGGGUUCUGUACAUUUGCCUUUGUACGGCACUAUGAGCCAUACACGGCCUCCAAAUCGUAUAUUCCGGUGACUCCACAAGCUUCACCGCAGGAUACUGAAGAAGGCGAUAAGAGACGUUGUUCUAAACGUAUCAGAGUGAAAUCCGAUGCAGAGACAUUCAACAUAUCGGUGUAUUGUUUAGAAGACUACCUCAGACUACAGCAUCCGAACGUGUCAAGAGACGAAUUCUUCAUUGCGCAUGAUUUGGAAGACGCAAAGGCGUUGGUACAAAGUGCUGAGAAGAAGCUCAGCUCGCUAUUAUCUUGA